CCAACUUUCGCGUCAGAUGCGCGUUCACAUUCGCGCUCCCUCGCCUCAUGGUUGCUGGGCAUUACACGCUCGAUGAACGAGACAGGGAAAGCUGAAGGUCAGGGCGCAGCUCGAGAACAGGACAGCGCCCACUCGACACACACAGCAACCAGCAAUGCCUCCUCGAAUAAGGUGGAAGAUGUUAACGUGCGAGACUUUGCUAAUCCCACACUGAACAUAAUGCAGAGCCGCUCGCCCACGGUGUCUACAAGUGGUCUCUCCUUGCCCUCGCGUGAAGGAACUCCACCGCCGCUGCCCCCGCGCCCGCAGGCGGCAGCGCAAAGCAACAGCCCACGGCCCUCGACGUCGCACUCCCUGGCGCCCCCACGACCGCAGCUUGUCUCGAAGCCAACGACACAGGUCUCGUUUGCCAAUGCCCAGGACAGCAGUAGCUCGACGCAGCGAAGCUCCAUGGGGCUGAAUGUGGCCGCUCGCGUGCCCAACGAUGCAGACGAUGGCGCCAGUAUUCGCAGCUACAUGCCGCAAACAGAUACAGACGGCUACGCUGAGAGCGUCCUGGGCGAUGUUUUGGGGUCCCAGGAGAAGAGGCUGCUACGUACUCUGGGCCAUCGUUUCGAGGACACCGAGGCGGAGACCAUGUUCCCGCCAGACCCCGAACUCGACAAGGCCUUUGGCACUGAGUUCGAUGACAUCGACGAAAUGCAGGCCGACGGGUCCAACGAAGAGGCCGUCAUGCUCCAAUGGCGCGCCAAGCUGAAGCACUUCCUUGUGCUGUCGAGUGCAGGAAAGCCCAUCUACAGUCGACACGGCGACGACCAACUCAUCUCAAACUACAUCGGCGUCGUCCAGACCAUCAUAUCCUUCUACCAGUCCACCAACGAUGUGCUAAAAGGCUUCACUGCAGGAGGAGUGCGUUUUGUGGUCAUGUCCAAAGGUCCCCUCAAUCUGGUCGCCAUUACUCGCCUACCAGAGAGCGACGCUCAGCUCCGUACCCAACUCGAGGCUCUAUACAUGCAGAUUCUCUCUACACUCACACUGCCCAGUCUGGAACGCAUGUUCGCCGCUCGAGCGAACUACGACCUCCGCCGCCCCCUCCAAGGAACCGACACGCUUCUCUCCGCCCUGGCAGACGGUUUUACGCGUGGCUCGCCCUCUACCCUACUUUCCGCUCUUGAGUGUCUCAAGUUGAAAAAGACGCAACGUGCCAUAAUCAACACGACACUCCAGAAAACACGCUCCAAAAACCUUCUCUACGGCCUCGUCGUGGCUUCCGGGAAACUAGUCUCUGUCGUGCGCCCCAAGAAGCAUAGUCUGCACCCAGGUGAUCUGCACCUGAUUUUCAACAUGCUAUUUGAAGCUGGUAGCGUCAAGGCUGGGGGCGGGGAGAACUGGAUACCCCUGUGUCUUCCUGGGUUCAACAAUACAGGAUAUCUGUACAUGUACGUCAGUUUCCUCAAUCUGGAACAUCCCUCGGAGCAGAUGCAGGAACGGCCCAAGAGCAGGGAUGGCGCCGACGACGAGGUGGCAGUGCUGCUCAUCAGCGCCGAGAAAGAGAGUUUCUUUGAGAUGAGGGGUAUGAGGGAUGAUCUAGUCGAGACCCUGCAACGUAACGGCUCCAUUGAAGCAAUACGCUCAGCCGUCAAACAAGGGCGGCCCAAAUGCACGGACAUUGUGCCCGGAAGCCCCCUGCGACAUUUCCUGUACAAGUCACGGGGUAACGUACAAUUCACCAUGCCAAGCUAUGCGCCCUAUUUCGAGAGCCAGCUGGAGAAAAGGCAAUUACUCAAUUUGUACGACAAACUCCACACCAACGUUCACAACAAGCCGUCUACCCUCAAGGUACACCACGAAACAAACACGACGUACAUUGCUCUUGCGUGGAGCACACCACUGUUUGAACUGUAUGCUGUUGCGCCGAGCUAUAUCAGUAGGGCUGCAUUGGCGACGAGCGCGAACCAGAUCAUUCAGUGGGUGAGAAGAGAGGAAGAGAGAGUGUUCAUCAUUGGGGGUGCCGUGUUCUAGGCGGAGAUUCAAUGUUAGCGAUAGGUUUUGUUUUGCAUAUACAUGGGUAGACAUUAUUUCCGCAACGGUGAGUGAUGGGAAGAUUAGAUUCUACAUAUUGGAUCAUUGUA